AUGAAUUUAAAAAAAAACCAGUCUAUACCUAUCUCAAGUCUUGGAACCCAACAGAUGAAUAAGAUCAAAGAUACAUUAAAACUCAAAUUUGUAGUGACGGAUUGCUCUUUUCUUGAAGAUGAUACAAGUGAAAUUAAUUCUUUCAGUUGGAACUAUGAUAUCGCUGAGAAUAAACAACACAAUAAAUACAUGGCACAUUUAUAUCAGAUAAUAACUUUGCCACUUGAUUUUGAGUGGUAUGAUGCUAGAAGCAAUGUGAGUUUUCUCAAUGUGGUGGACCAAUCAUGGCUACCUUUUGAUUUGAAAGGUACAACUGAUAUUGCAAUUCUUGAUAAAGGGUAUUCAAAAGAACAGGUGAAACAAAAUGCAAGGUUUCAAACACAAGCUCAGCUCCUCAUAGCUAACCAUUAUUCUAAUAACAAUGUAUUAUCACUCUUAACUGAUCUCAACAACUAUUGGGAGUUUUUCUGGGAAUAUGACACUGAAAUAUGUUUUUGCUGGCCAACUUCUAGAAAACUUGCUGUCAAAAUGCUACAAGAUUAUGUAAAUGCAGAAAGUAAAUGCAGAAAUGUACCUUUAGGAA